AUGAGCCUGCAGACUACUAUUGGAAUGAUUCCUAGGGUUCAAGUAAGCUAUUUUGAUCCUUUUCAUGUGUUUGACGGGUUACGAAAUGAAAUAGAACAACGGCUACCGUUGACUAACUUACACUGGAAAUCAAAGGGGGGAGCACUUAAGACAAUUUCGUCGCUAAAUGUAAAAUUUAUCUCUUCUACUGGUGAAGAAAACUCAGAUGAUUUAGUCUUGAAACCAUUCAUCAAUUGUGUUGUUAUUUCAUGUGAGUCCGUUGAAGAAUAUAGGUCCAAAAUUAGGCCGUUGAUUAAGAAUUGGCUUCCUUCACAAGGUGAUCUUUACUGCGCUAAUAUAGUAGUUCUUCAUUCAAAUAAAGAGGUUUUGGAUUCGAACAUCUUCAAAUCUGUAUCAUUAAUAGAGAAGUUCAAUAAGGAUUUCCCAUCACUGAAAACUUUGGAGACCAAAACUGUAUACAGAUCUAAUGACGAAAGAGAAACAUUUUGGAAUGGUCUAAUAAACAAACUAAAACAUUAUUUAUUAGAAGUGUUUGAGAACAGAAUAGAAUCAUACUCAAGUGCUUUACAGAGAGAAAUAAGUCCUUCUAAAGCUGUAGUACUGCAUGAAAAUUCACUAAAGAUGUACUUGAGUUUCCAAUUGAUUGAGGAAGCUAGCACUGAAAUUAGCAGAUUGGAUGAACUGUUAAAUAACCAUGAAACUUUUUUGUUGAUUGCUGGUGAUCUAAGAACACCUCUAUUUAACCAAGAAGAAUUUGCUAUUAACUCUAUCAGUACACUCAUUUCAAAGGAUAAAAUUACAUAUUUUGGGGUUCAAAAAUGUAUAUUACAGGCUGAACUUGAACUCUAUAUGGUCAGCUCAAAUGCUAAUAAUUCUGAAAGGAAAUUAAAUGCAGCGUUUCAUAAAUUUCUGUCGAGAUUACAUGUUUCUUUUCAUUCUGAUAAAAGAUGGCUUCAAUUCAAGUAUUCCGCAUACGAUGAAUUUAUCAACUUGACAACCUUUGACGAUAUUAAAUCUGAUACCUGGAAAUUGGUACUAUGUGACAUGAAGAAUGAGCAGAGAGAAUGCUGGAUACAAUUGGCUUGUUCAAGAAUGGGAUAUAAAAUUCCUUUGAAAGACUUCAGGAAAGAAGUUACGCCUGAGGUCAAUCCGUCAAUGGAGGAAUCCUUCAGAACUCUUGGGGUAUUCUACGAAAAUAUAAUACAGAAAACAAAAGAUUUGCUAAAAGAGUAUUCCUCAUUCACCUCCAAAAGACAAAGAGUUAUGGACUGGUUAUCAAUUGAAAUUGCGUUUCUAUACUUUGAACAAGGCGACUACAGCAAUUGUAUGUUAAUCUUACAAUCGUCUUAUGAUUUUUAUAUGGAGUCAGGCUGGUCAGUUAUUGGUAGUUGGCUUUUAGAGUACUAUAUUGAAUGCAUUAAGAAUUGUCCCAACAUUACAGAAAUUGACGUAGAUGGCGAUCUUGUUCCUAAAUCAAUAGUUUUGAGUAACUCAUACCUAAACUUAUUGACAUCAAAUAGUAAGAAUCCAAGAAAAUGGUGGAUAGAAUUUUUGAAUAAUAAUAUUGAAAAUAAUGACAAUUUGAUUUACCCUUUAGACAACUUGUUUUUGGUUGAAAUCACUCGUAAAGUUUUCCCUGUAAAACCAAAUUCCUACGGUAUCGAUAUCUCUUUUAGUAAAAAUUUCAAGCUGGAUGAUAUUAACAUCUCAUCAAUAACUUUGUUGAUGAAAAAUUACGAGGAUGAAUUUUUGCCUUUUAAAAUAGCUGAUGUUAUCUUGAAUAAUGACAACUGUAUCUAUACCCUCAUUUCGAAUUCUGUUCUCUGGUCUACCUUUGAGUUGGUAGCAUUAGAAGUUGUAAUCGGAAGUACUGUCUUCAAGAAAGAAUUUGACUCCUUUGAGACUGAAGAUAGCUUGAAGCUACAACCUUGCCAAUCAUUUGAUGCAUUUAAGGUAACGAUAGAAAAGUCAAUCGAACACAUUUGUGGAAAAACUUAUCUGAGGCUUAAAUUCGAGAACAAAGAGGAUAUAGACGAGUUCACGUUUAGUAUACAUUCAACAGACCAAGAUGAUAUAUGUUUUGAAGGUAAUGACAGUUCCGUUACAGUUGCAUCAUUUGGGACAUUCAGGGUUCCGUUCGAAAGGAAAUCUGCUUUGACUACCAGUUUUUUCAUUAAGACAGUGUUAUCAUUUUCAAAAGGCAAUGAACAAUAUAUUGAAAAGUCUGUCCAUGAAAUUGAUUACAACUUACCCUUAGAUGUGUCUGUUGAUGAUGUGUACUUGAAUGAUAGAUUAGUGUUUGAUUUUUCUUUAAAAUCCUUUGCAAAUGAAGCUAUACUAAUAUUCGGUACAGGAUUAGAAACAGAAAAUACAGAGACAUACUCAAUUUCCGAAGCUGAAUCAUUUGCAGAACCUGUUCUAAUGAAUCCUGCUGUGAAGACUCCAUACCAUGUGUAUUUUCAGAUAUUGAAUAAGCAAGGCUUGUUUUCCCCCGUUGAUAAAUUCAGAUUUUCCGUUAAAUACCUUAGAGUACAGCAGUACUUUGGAGAGCUUGUGCAAAAGAUAAUACCUCCUAAAGAACAAAACAUUGUUGACUACAACUACUGGCAAAAUUAUAUUGUUCCAAACUUGAAGCUUAGUGAUAAAGCAUUCGAAAGCUCAAGAAAGGUAGCCAUAAUACUAGAGGAACCGAAUAUUUUAGAGUCACUUGAAUUGAUCGGAAGUUCUGCCUUUAAGGUGCAAAUAAAAUCAAUUUUGAAAAAGCUGAAGUCAGGCAUCCCAAUUGAUGAAUUACCUCAGUUCAAAACAGCUAGUAUGUUGCACGAACUGGUUUUACCUGUAAAUAUCCCCACCCUGUCGUUGUUCUAUUCGGUACAUUUUAGACAGAUAGACACCAACAAGGAGCUAAAAGCUGGUGUUCCUUCUUCAUUUAAAAUUGAAAUCACCAAUUUAUCAGGUACUUGGGACUUGCAAGAGUCCCAAGAAAAUGCGAUAUUAACUAUAGCUAAUAACUCGGAUUGGAUAAUUGGAGGGAAGAGACGAUUUGAACUUGAUACGAAGAGAAUCGAUGCCACCGUUAAUCUUAUACCAUUAAGAAGAGGGUAUUUGAAUUAUCCCUCGAUUGAACUUACUGGACUUAACGGUGAACGUACUGGUCAAAUGGAUUACCUUGCUUCGAACGAUAAACUAUUGAUAUUUUGA